GCCUGGAGUGUGCAGAGAAGUUAGGAUCGCCAGCGAAAAGUUUGAGAAAAGUUUUCUCGCUCGGGGGAAAGAGAGGAGAAGGACGUACUGGCCUUGGAGGAAGUUUACAAGAGUGAUCCCAGAAUGAAGGGCUUGUCAGUGUGAGGAGCGGUUGAGGACUCUGGGGUCUCCGUAUUACUGGAUCAGCUGUGUCCCAGCAGCGCAGCUUCCACACAUAAAAGGAUGACUGAUGAACAGUUUGAGGUUGGCCCACCACCCUUGCACAAUAUGUACCAAGCUUUGUCAGAAUGCCAGACAGGCCUCAUGUUUCAAUCUGAACAGAAGAAGUUGGAUGAGGCAACAUACAAACUGGACAAACUAUCGCAGGAGCUGGACUCGAUGUGGUCCACACAGAGCAGCCCUGUGGUUACUGAUGCGGCUCCAUCUGACAGCAAGACCUUUUGGAAAGAGAGCUCAAUGACCGCCUCGCCAUCAUCCAAUGUGUACGGCCCAAGCUGGAUGGAGUCACAGACGAAACGUGACGAGCUGUUGCCAGUUGUUAGCGUGACUCGAUCGCCCUCUCCACGGACAUCACCAGCCUACACACCGCUGCCCCCACAGCAGCCUUCUUCAUCCUAUGCUUUCAGUCCUCUGUUCGAUCGCGCGCCCUCUCCCCGUGCAAUGAUGCCCGGUUCGCCAGUGGUGCUUCAGCAGGAGCCCCGUGCUCCAUUGGACCGAGCACCCUCUCCCCGUGCCAUGAUGCCCGGUUCCCCAAUGCUGAUUCAGCAGGAUCCCCGUGCUCCUUUGGACCGAGCACCCUCUCCCCGUGCCAUGAUGCCCGGUUCCCCAAUGGUGCUUCAGCAGGAUCCCCGUGUUCCAUUGGACCGAGCGCCCUCUCCCUGGGCAAUGAUGCCCGGUUCCCCAAUGGUGCUUCAGCAGGAUCCCCGUGCUCCUUUGGACCGAGCGCCCUCUCCCCGGGCAAUGAUGCCCGGUUCCCCAAUGGUGCUUCAGCAGGAUCCCCGUGCUCCAUUGGACCGAGUGCCCUCUCCCCGGGCAAUGAUGCCCGGUUCCCCAAUGCUGAUUCAGCAGGAGCCCCGUGCUCCAUUGGACCGAGCACCCUCACCCUGGGCAAUGAUGCCCGGUUCCCCAAUGGUGCUUCAGCAGGAUCCCCGUGCUCCAUUGGACCGAGCGCCCUCUCCCCGGGCAAUGAUGCCCAGUUCCCCAAUGGUGCUUCAGCAGGAUCCCCGUGCUCCACUGGACCGAGCACCAUCUCCCCGACCCGGGUUUCUCCCUGUGACCCCGUUCGAGAAUCCCGAACCCUCCAUCCAUCCCCUUGUGGGUGCUGCCCAUGAAGCCCAGACUUUGCCCAGUGGGACCAUGGAGAGCCCUCUCCCCCAGCAGCCAGGCUUGCUCAGUUCAGUGCCGUCAGCCUACCCCGGAACCUUGGGGCCCACCAGAGUAUCCCCCCGUGAGAACUUUCUACCACCGCUUUCUGCUGCCUCCCGGCUUCCCCCGGACCACUACAAGGCUGAGGAUGGACGAGGCAUGAGUGGCUUCGCACUCGAUCCUGGAGUGCUGAACCUCAGUAAAGAUGACAGUUUGAAGAAGAAGAAACCGGGUGUGUGGGCUGAGGCCGAUUUGGACAUUGCAUACGAGAAGAGACCGUCACAGAACCCUAGCUAUGAAACCAAUCAUGAACAGAACUGGAGCACAGCGAAGCAUGAAGGGAGCUGGAGGCAAACAGACCUCGAUUUGGCCGUUUUCCCAAGCAAGACUGCAGGAGGAAGAAACAAGGCAUUCAAUUCGAUUCAAAUAUACGGGACCCUACCCAAAGGGGCUGUCCCACUCCACUGGAGACAUGAGACAGUCCAGCAGCAGAGGAGACCCCCACUGCUCAUCUCCCCCCAGCACAACCCCCGGCCCAACCUGCCAUCCCCAAUCGUGUCCCGGACCAAUGUGCCACCACACAACCCCCGACCCUCGUUCAUCAAGGAGCGCAGAAACGUCCUGCCCCUCUCAGUGCUGAUCAGACCCACCAUCGUCAAACAAGGCCGGGGAAGGAUGACUGCUGGGGCUAGGCUCCCUCAGGGCCAGAUCGCUGCCCCUCCAACGAUGAGAUACCCACAGCUUCAGCCUGUAGCAGAAGUUGGCAGGAAGGUGCCCGAUUUCUCAGCUCUGCCCUUGGAUGCCAUGCACUCCCCCUUUCCUCUGGCAGAGAUGGGCGAGGUAGAGACAGAGAUCGCCAACAUCCUGCAGCCUGGAGACUCUCCUGAUUCGGAGAGUAUUCCCCGGCCCCUGUCCCCCACACGCCUGCAGCCGGUCUCCCUGCCAGACUCUGAGGCUAUCCAGGACAUGGAGGAGCUGAUGCGUAUCCGAGCUGCCAUUCCGCGUCCCCUAAAGAGGCGGACAUCCAUCGAACAGCCAGUGCAGCAGCUGGUCCCCAUGCAGAAGCAAGCGCGCCUGUACCAGCAGCUCACCAAGCUCUUCACUCGCAGUGGGGCCAGCCAGCGGAAGCAUCAGGAACCUGCCGAGGGCAGUACCUUACCCAGCUCGCCACAUACCUCACCCACUUCAGACACUCACCCCUCCCCGAAUCUCCCCACACCGAUACUGGAAUUUCCAUCAUCGCCUUCCACAUUACCCGUGAAGCGUUCAAUUCUGAAGCAGGGAGACAGCUCUGGACCGAGUACUAAGAUGAGAGCACGGCUGAAUCCUUUAGUGGUGUUGCUGGACGCUGCAUUACUUGGGGAGCUGGAGGUGGUGAAGCGAGUGGUGUUCGAGAUGGAUGACCCGAGCCAGUCCAAUGACGAGGGGAUCACAGGGCUCCACAACGCAGUGUGUGGCGGCCAUUAUGACAUCGUCGAGUUUCUGGUCAACUCUGGAGUCAACAUCAACGCAGCCGAUGGCUACGGAUGGACUCCCCUGCACUGUGCAGCGUCUUGUAAUGACUUGGCAAUCUGCACUUUCCUGGUGAAAAAGGGAGCAGCCAUCUUCUCAACAACUCUGAGUGAUGGAGAGACGGCUGCAGAGAAAUGUGACCGGUACUUGGAUGGUUACGAGGAAUGUGCACGGUUUCUGUUCAGUGCUGAGCAGCAAGCUGGAAUGAUGAACAGUGCUGUGGUGUAUGCGCUGUGGGAUUAUGAGGCAGAGAACAGCGACGAGCUCUCCUUCCGUGAAGGCGAGACCAUCACCAUCCUGCAGCGGGGGGACAAGGAGGAGAAGAACUGGUGGUGGGCAUCACUUUAUGGCCGAGAGGGUUACGUCCCCUACAACCUCCUUGGGUUGUUUCCCAGAGUGAGGCCAGCAGUGUAGGAGGGGGAAUGCGUCCUCUCCAUGGACAGACUGCACCAGUUCCAUCUGACGGCAGUGGGAACGCCGAGUGCUGCAGCUUGGACAGUCAGCCAAUGCUGGGUGACCUGCUGGUCCGGAAUUCCGAGUGGGAACGCUACCGAAUAACAAGUUUUCCAUUCUUCAGACUGUCAGCUGCCAUCCUGCACAUUUGUAGAGUCAUGGGAGCAUGGAAAAGAGGCCGUUCAGCCCAUCGAGUUCCAUGCCAUACCCAACUGGCAGUGCAAUAGCUGAGCCCCAUUCGCAUGCCAUACUGCAACAUGGUGGCAGUGCCACAACUCCUCCUCGUUUGGUUAUUGAUCACAAUGUAACUCAAACCUUUUGAGAUCAAAGGAUUCCAAUUUAACUCCUCCUCUUCUCAUCCUGCAAUUCUUGGCUGAAUGACAGCCCCUCUCGGAGGAAGGUGGUUACUCUCAUUAUCCAUCCAUAUUUCCGUCAAGACAGCCUGUGACACACAAUGAUGAACUUUCCAAGGACGUUGCGUUUGUAAAUUAUGUAAUCGAAAUUAAAUCCUUAUUCCAUUCCCACUGGGGACAAGCUCUUUUUCUUUUUCAUUCAUUUGUAUUUUCCUCCCUUUCUCUUCCACUGACCGGAUCGCACAGCUAGUGGUCAGGGACAGUGCUUGUUGGAGUGUUUUUUGAAUGUUUUAAUGGUUUAUACAGAUAUUAAAAUAAUA